AUGGGGAAUGUGCUGAAAAUGCACCUGACCUACUGCGAGAAGUGCAGUGAGCACCAGCCUCGCAAUGUGACGUACAAGAAGGGCAAGGUCUUGCUCUGCGCCUAAGGGAAAAGAGGCUACAAUAGGAAGCAAAGUGACUGUGGCAGCCAGAGGAGGUCCAUAUUCAGCAAGAAGGCCAAGGCCACAAAAAAAAAAUACUUUCCGCUUACCAAAGGGCCGCCCAAGGCCUCCUCUCCUGCCAGCAGGAGCCCUGUGCCACUUGGAUGCGAGUUUGCACCAAGAGGGGAGGUGCGUUCCCAAGACUUUACUCCAGGCAGAGGAGCACGCAGGGAAAAAGGAAGCCGCAGUCCUGCUUUUGGAGGGCAGAUGCUGCUGCGUGGGCUCCCGUCGCGGCCGGUGCCGCUGCCCUCGCGCUGGCCGGGCGGCAGCUCCUCUCCCCGCGGCCUGCUCGGCCCGUCACCAUGCCAACCGCGCGGAAAGCAGCGCCGGUUGGCAUGGCAACCCUGCCUCCGCUCCCGUGCCGGCCGGGACCGGCUGCGGAGAAGGCGCUGGGGUUGA